GGUCGUUUUCUACAAUUUUCAAAGAGCAGUGGUGGUAACGACAGUUAUGCGAACUCGGUGUGUAACUGUUUAACGUUCUGCGGCGUCGUCAUCAUUCUAAAACUACUCUCGCUCGCCAGGACUCGGUUAGUCGUUGACCGGCCAUUGGUGCAAACGGCUGCAGCUCGGAGACCGGCUAGAGUCUAGCGCACGGAGCUGCAAACCAGACACUGUGCUGUCAAGGCUUAUUGUUUGAUUUGCAUUGUGGUUACUCUUCGGAGACGCUUUGUUCGCUUCUCGAUUUUUGAUACUUCACUUAAACGUGCCAGAGGAAAAGGGUGCAAAUCAGCAGAUUCAAUAUGUUGCUGGACGUAGCAGAGGGCGAUGUGAUUUCACUUUUGAAGAAGUUGAAGGCGCUUCAGGAAGAGCGUGCUUACACGUAUAAUCUAUUCCAUGAGGGUCACAAGUUGUACCUUGCGUCCGGACCCAACUACAAUUUCACGAAGUUCCGACAGUUGGUACACGACGUUACACAGGAAUUUAAGAGGAUUUCGGAAGGCGUUAUAGCACUUGAGGCGAAACUUCGACCAGUGAACCCCAAGCUGGUUAGAGUCAUUCAACACUUACAGGAGGCUGAAAAGGCAAAACUUCAACUCACUGCACGUCAACAGCUGGCAAUGCAAAGGCUUCAAGACCAGCCAGAUCAGGAAGAAGAAAUCCGGGAGGAGUUAAUGCAGAUUCGAAGUGGCCUAAAUAGCGUGUGUGAGACCAUCACGGAUUGCUGCGAGGAGGCUAAGUACGCGAUGCAUGACUACAUGAACCAGGACGAUUGCAAAGAGCAGGUGCACAUUAACUCAAGAGAAAGGCAUAGGGUAAACUCAUACGUACCCGUUUAAAUAGCCCUGAAAUACUGCUCAGACAAAAGAUUUGCCACGAUAAGCUCCAUGGCUAGCAAUAAACUGAGUACUAAUGGCAGUACAAAGAUUCUCAUUCAUGUGAACGAAAUGCACUAUAGGCUCUAAAAGACGCUAGUGAUGCACAUUAUAUGCAUAUAACAGAAUGGUAACUACAUCAAUAGCAAUGUACAUUAAAAUCUACAAACAGGAAAUUUCGGAUUCUCAAACGGCAGUAAAUAAAAAAACAUUACCGUCAAGGGUAUCCGCAAAUAGAACGGUAUGAACACGCGAACAACUAACUAUAUUUCAAAGAACGGAACUUUUUUGUGACUGACUAGACAAUUCACCAGACACAUGGUUGAAAGCGUAUAGACGACUGCACGUUUAAUUUACGUUUUUUUUUUGAAAUCAUCUGGCGAGCGAGCGUCAAAAGCGCCAUUUUAAGGGCGUCCCGCAUCGAUGUAAUCUCAUCAUGGUGAUGAAGCGACGAGCACGUUCAUAAAUAAGCCGGGCUAACAAAAAAAAAUGAUCGUGUAAUAAUUAAUAAACUGUACCGAACUUGUGUUCUCU